AUGGAGGCAGCGUAUGCUGCUGCCGAUGCCGAACUAGGGAGUCAGACGUUCGGUAGAUGGCAGCCACCACAGCCGCGCUACAAUGCUCCAAGCGGGAGCCCUACGGACACAUCAGCCCUCAAAGCACGCAUUGCACAGCUUGAAGCGGAGCGGACCCGGCUACAACAUGCUGAACACCAAGCACGAGAAGAGGCACGGCAAAAGCAGGGCGAAAUCUCCAUCGUGCGAGCGAAUCAGGAAAAGACCAUGCGACAGUAUGAGACUCGGAUCGCUCAGAUGCAAAAGGUGCACGCAGACGAGGCUACAAGACAAAAGGCUGAACUCGAAGCACAGAAGAAAGAGCGAGAGAAGACGGAGACGAACAAUCGAUUCUUGCAGCACGAUCUGGCUCAGGAAGCUGAACGUACCAAGAGAUCGACCGCUGCGCCAAAGUCGCGAGUAGCAACCCAGAUGGGCACGCCGCGAAGGAACAAGCGAACUGCAAUCGGAGACGGUUUUGAUGACGAUGAAGUUCGUCUCGUCAGUCCGACUAGGAGCAAAGAGAGAGUGAAGGAGCAGACACCAAAGCUAGGUGCAAAGCGAAAACGCAGCGCCAACGAUAGCCCAGUGGCUUCGUUGUCCUUCACGCAACCUGUGCAAUUGCAGCACACCGAUUCGGAGCAGACCAUCGUAUCGUUCCCCGAGACCACUGCCGAGGGUGUCAUUCAGCGGAGAGACAGCAGAUACGACCAUCUCCAGCUAAUCCUCAAUCACCGCCCUUAUGAAGGUCAUGCCCGGACGGUGGAACAGUUGGCCAAGUAUUCUUUUCCAUCUCGUCCUGAGCAUUCACUUGCGUCCAUCUUCAUUGACAAGAUCACGUACGAAGCCAACGCAGGAAAUGAUCUACCGCUAAUGGUAUGUCGCGUAUUGUUGACGCUCUGGUCGCAGUGUCUCGACGAUAAGUUCUUCGCUCCGCUAUAUCUGGUUGUUCACAUGUUGCGAUCUGUCCUGGAGACUGAGCUCGCAAGCACGAGCUCUAAGUUGCUCGAAGAAGCGAUACCACUGUGCGUCCGAUCGGUAGACUUGGUGUCUGUGCCGAUCGCCCGAGCAUCGACAAAUCGCACGUUCGCAGCUAAGGUCGACUUCGAAGCGCUGGACCGGCUGGCAGAAGAUAUCGAGGUCGACGAGGUUCUUGACUUUCUCCACGGCCUAUGCCAGGCCGCGACACUCUCGCCGGAGAGCCUUGAUGUCUUUUGGCGCACCAUGGACGUCACUUGGAUCCUCCUGGUGCUGAACAAGGCGCUGCCACUUGAUCAAAUCAUCACAGUCCUCCAGAUACUGAUCACUUCCGCACGACCCACGACCUUUAGCGUGGUGUCCGACGAUCCAGAAUCUCAAGCCAACAAUGAGCGGCAGACAGUCGAUCGACUUACUAAUAUGCUGUUCGAGAUGCCCGAGGUCCGGAUAGAUGAACCGCCCUACGAUGAAGAGGAUAUUCUCGCUUUGAGGAUCGAAGUGCUCGGCGUCUUCUGGGAGAUGUGCCACACUGAUCAUGGUGGCCAGGUACUGGCGAUGCAUCGCAGUGUGAUCGGCAGACUCGUGCGCUUCCUUGACAGCCAGGUCAGCAAGCUGUAUAAAGUGCGACCUUCAUUGUUGGUCUCAUCGCCAGCCAAGGAUGAUCAAUCAAUACAUGGCCUGAUCUUGCAGACCGUCAAUACGACUGUCCGCAUUCUACACCAUCUCCUCCGCACGUAUGGCGACAACUUUGUACUCGGACAGAAAGUCGGAACUGUGCUGGGAGGCUAUCACAAGUUCCUGAUCGGCCUUACGCGAGUCGCUUUCUCCGAGCAAUUAAUAUUCGAAGCUGGCAUUGAAACGGAGGUGUCUGAGGCCGCGCAUAAUAUUCUGGAUCAGCUUUUGGGACCGGAGGAGGGCGAAGCGGUGAUGAAAGCUAUCGAGACGCCGAGAGGAACCAGGGGAUCGACGACUGACAAGGACACCAGCGCAGAGCAUAGCCAGAACCGCGACGACGAUACGACUAUGAGUGAGUGA